CAUCGAGUUGUUGUGCACUGAGCAUGCGCCAAAUCAAAACGCGGAAGAGCGCCGAGCUAGCUGGACGGGUCUGCGCUUUUCUCGUUCCUUUCUAUUUUCUGUACUCGUCAGAAAAAAAAAAAACCUUAAGUGACAUCACAGGAGGGUGUUCUCAGAUGAUGAUGAUGAUGAUGAUGACGUCUAGAGAUAGUAUCCACGGUCGGGGGGGGGCAAUAGGUGUCCAGUGACACACCGUGGCCGAUUGCUCAGUUUGUGUGUCCUGUCACUCUCCAACUAGACAUGGGGAUCCUCCAAUUUCAGCUGCGAUCUGUGAUAAGGCAGAAGCCGCACCAACGGCUCGUGUCCUGGACAGGAUAAAAGAGACCCGAUCAGGUCGUGAAAUGGAGAGAGGAAGUUCAGCGAAGAGGAGAAAGAAGCUGCCAUCUCUGGUGUCUCUUGGCUGGAUGUGACAGAGGAGACGUGAACUCCAUGGAGACAAAGACUGCAAAUGUGAAGGAGGAGGACUGUGAAUGGGAGCGGGCCACCCUGAACAGGAGGCUCUGUGCAUUAAGGAGGAAGAUGGUGAACCGAGGUCAGUGGUCAUCAAGGAGGAGGCCGAGGAGAAGCCUGUCGUCAUUGAGACGCAGACACACAAAGUCCUAGACAGUAUCAAGGAGGAGUCCGUCUGUCAGUCCCGGUCUCAAGAUGGAUGGCUGUACUCUCCAGAGCAUUCUGUCAGUGUGAAAUCUGAGUCAGUAAAAUCAGAGACAAAGGCCGCUCAGGAAACAUCUAGAAGAACAUCUGGAGGUCAACCAUCCUCAACAAAUCAGCAUUGGGAACCUAACGAUUUACAGGAGAGUUGUGGCUUCUCCUUGCCAUUUGCUUACGGCAGACCACAACAGUCACCAAAUGAGGAAAAACUGAAGAAGUCGACAUCCGAAUCGGAGGAUUUGAUACCAACCUCUUUGCAGUCUGCUUCCCCGGCUGUGACGAAUCAAACCAAAAUGGAUGCUAUUAACACUCAACAGGUGCAUAAUAUUAAUUCUGUAGAUGCGUAUGCUUGCCAAGUGCGGACCAAAACUGUACUGAAACCUAAAUCUGAAGGUGAUCCAGAAGGUCAGAUGACACAGAAGCCAUACUCAUGUUCUGAAUGUGAUAAACGAUUUUCACGAGUGAGCCAUCUUCAGAUCCACACAAGAAUUCAUACGGGAGAGAAACCAUUUUCUUGCUCUGACUGUGGCAAACGAUUCUCCGACAGCAGCAGCUUUCGCAAACACACGAGAAUUCACACCGGUGAGAAGCCCUAUAGCUGUUCUGAAUGCCAUAAACAAUUCUCGCAGCUGAGUAAUCUCCAGAACCAUCUUAGGAUUCACACGGGAGAGAAGCCAUACUCCUGUCCUGAAUGUGGAAAAGGAUUCUCACGGUUAGGCAGCCUUCAGGGCCACACAAGAAUUCACACCGGGGAGAAGCCGUACUCCUGCUCUGAAUGUGACAAACGAUUCUCUGACAGGAGCAGCUUUCAGAAACACGUAAGGACUCACACUGGGGAGAAGCCGUAUGGUUGUUUGGAAUGUGGCAAACGAUUCUCUGAACGGCGAAACCUUCAGAGCCACACGAGGAUUCACACCGGGGAGAGGCCAUACUGCUGUUCCGAGUGUGGGAAACGAUUCUCUGAUCGUAGCAAUCUCCAAAGCCAUGUCAGAAUUCACACCAGACAGAAGCCAUACUCAUGUUCUGAAUGUGAUAAACGAUUUUCACGAGUGAGCCAUCUUCAGAUCCACACAAGAAUUCAUACGGGAGAGAAACCAUUUUGUUGCUCUGACUGUGGUAAACGAUUCUCUGACAGCAGCAGCUUUCGUAAACACACGAGAAUUCACACCGGUGAGAAGCCCUAUAGCUGUUCUGAAUGUGGAAAAGGAUUCUCACGGUUAGGUAGCCUUCAGGGCCACACGAGAAUUCACACCGGGGAGAAGCCGUACUCCUGCUCUGAAUGUGACAAACGAUUCUCUGACAGGAGCAGCUUUCAGAAACACGUAAGGACUCACACUGGGGAGAAGCCGUAUGGUUGUUUGGAAUGUGGCAAACGAUUCUCUGAACGGCGAAACCUUCAGAGCCACACGAGGAUUCACACCGGGGAGAGGCCAUACUGCUGUUCUGAGUGUGGGAAACGAUUCUCUGAUCGGAGCAAUCUCCAAAGCCACGUCAGAAUUCACACCAGAUAUAAUCUCGUUAAUUCAUUUGAAGUCUUGAGGGCCUCGAUUUCACAUUAGUAAGUAACAUCUAUGGAAGAUGCGUGGAAUCAAAGGAGCUACAAACAGAAACAGUGAAAGUUUUAAAACCAGGAAGUAGCCUUGAUAAAACUCUGAGGACAGUGCAGACUACAAAACAAAUGUUACCACUGCAUAAAACAGAAACUGCUGUGUGGUAAAAUUCAUCCGAGUUAGCAGCCUGGCUGGCCACCGGCUCAAUGGAGUUCAUUUAAAUAGCGUUUAGCUUGGCAGAACAGGUGGCCAUGUCUGCAGAGACCCGUUUUGCCACCAGUGUCUCAAGCAGGUGAGGGCUGCGAGGUGUAGUGCAGAAGGUAAAUAAGGGUCCCAGGGUGGGGUUUGUGCCAGCUGUAAAAUAAAGUGUCUGACAAACGUUACGACACCUGAGCCCCAGUGGGGAGGCCCAAUCCGGUGAAGACGGGACACAAAUUAAUGAAGCUACAAAUAUGAUGCCACAUAAAAUUAGGGUCCCUAUAUUUUAUAGGGACAGUCAAUGGUGUAUAAAGCGGACAAACUGCACUUGAGCUCGUUUGAUCUGAAAAGCAGGAAAUGUAAUAUACGUAAGGCCUACAGGUCGGCAGAUGCUGAUCCACGAGCUCGGACGUACCAUCGACAAACACUCAGGAGGCGUGAAAACUCUUUACAACUCUCACCAAAAAUAAAGUGUGUUUGUCUGUUACUUAC